GUUUGUCACGCGGUCUGAGUUUCUGGUGGGACCAGAGAGAAGGGACGGGACAAAAUGGCAGCGUUGAGACGAUCAAAUCGUCCCCUGAAACUUUUAAUCGGGAACCUGAGAGAAUGGCAGAGACUCGAGCGGCGGUACAUUUACAAGAAGAAAUGGGCUUCAUCCCAGCCCAGGGUCCCGAGUACUCAUUUGGCUUUGCAGAGCAUGGACAUGAACUACAGCCUGCAGUUUGGUGACCUAUGGCCCUCCAUCCGCCUCGCUCUACUCUGUGAGCAGAAAUAUGGAGCUCUUCUUAACGGCUUCGGGGAUGUGGAGAAAGUGAUCCAGGAGUUUGAGGAGCGCGUGCAGGCCAGAGACUUCGUGUACGAGGGUCAGAUUCAGUGGACACCACACACAGACUCUCAACUGGGGGCAGUCCAGGAUUUUCCAGCUCCUGGGUCUUCUGAUCUAGAGCCCUCAGAGUUCAGCGAUGACUGCACUGCUCAACGAUCGCCACCUAUCCCGAAUAUGAAGCAGCCCUUACGCAUUAGCCCAAACCUCAAAUGUUUCACGUUUCCAAGGGGAGACACCACACGUUUUAAGCCUGCCAGACCAGAUGGCUUAAGAUUGUUGGAAUAUUAUCUGAUGGAUGCUGCAUCGCUUCUCCCAGUACUCACUCUAGAUGUUCAGCCAGGUCAUGCAGUUCUUGACCUCUGUGCAGCGCCUGGUGGAAAGUCUCUUGCACUAUUGCAGACAGAAUGCUGUCGACAUCUCGCUGUGAAUGAUAUAUCUAUAUCUCGAUUAAACAGGCUACAUAAAAUUCUUCAUAGCUAUGUCCCAAAGAAUCUCCGCACAGAGGACAGGCUACGGAUCACAUCAUUUGAUGGCAGAUACUGGGGAGAGAUAGAGAGGAAUACUUUUGACCGGGUGUUAGUUGAUGUUCCCUGUACAACUGACAGACACUCAGUACUUGAGGAAGACAAUAAUAUCUUUAGUCGACUGCGGCUUAAAGAACGGCAGAAGCUUCCUUUAUUGCAGACCCAGUUAUUGCUCUCUGGCAUUCUUGCCACAAAGCCCGGAGGUUCAAUUGUUUAUUCAACAUGCAGCCUGUCCCAGUUACAAAAUGAAUACGUGGUAGAGAGAGCAGUUCAGCUAGCAGAGACGGAACAUAAUGUGGAGUUGUGUCUGGUGGACUUAUCCGCUAUACGCACCCUUUACAGAAACACAUUUAAUUUCUAUAGCCAUUGUCGAGUCGGGGAACUUGUACUCCCACAUCUCACUGCAAACUAUGGACCAAUGUAUUUUUGUAAACUGCACAGAAUACACUAAAAGUGUUAUAAAACUUAAUACGCCCAUAGCUGUC